AUGGAGCCUCCACAGGCGAUGAAAGACUUGCUUCACUGGGAGGAGCUGCGAAAGACCUCAUGGGGAAAGGGCAUAACCGACAACUGGAUCAAUAUCGGAAUGAUGCUAUUCUUCCUCGUGGUGGCAGGAUCCAGAUAUAUAUCGAACACGAGAACGGCCAGAAAAGCAGGGCACGAUGCCCGCUUCCUUCCCGCGCCCGACUUCCCCACCAUCACCGAACAGCCAAAUUUCGACUAUGCAAAGACCGAGCCUCUCCAGCUCCGGACCUUCAAGCCCAAAUACCACCUGACCAUGGCGCUCGAAAACCUCGAUCCAUCGGAUCUCAUCCUCAUGGACAACAACUACAGAGACCGCAUUGCAUAUCGCCGCCGGAUCUUGAAGGAACACAAGGACAGUCUCUCCGUGACCGAGGACCCACGUAUCAGCGCCGCGGUCCGUGAGUACUAUACGUUCUUGACCGGCACCUACCUGCCCCUCCGCUACCCGAAGAUGUUCAAGCUGCACAAGACCACCUACGAAGUCGGCGAGCACUUCCUCCUGCAAAACCAAAUCACGGGAGAAAUGUGGCCGUCCUUCCCCUUAGAUCCACGCGUCACCGCCCCCGCCUCUCUUCUAACCACCCUCGGCAAAACCCUCGACGAAGACAUCCUCUUCCUCCUCCCAGAAGAAGACACGCCAGAGGGCGAGGAACCCAAGUACGUCCUGCACGCCUACGUGGCCUGCUGCCCCUCGGGCUUCAACCCCGCGCACAAGAUUGGCAAGCGGCUCGCCGACAUCCACGAGCCCGUGCCUGGCUACGCGUCCAAGUUGGAGGGCAGCAUGGACCGAUACUUCGCCAAGUUGGAGGUGGGCAAGUACGUCAAGCGGACCAACUGGAGCAUCACGACCGGCACGGAGCUCUGGGCUGCGGGCGACGGCACGAAUCACGCCCAUGAAGGCGACGAGAUUGAACAGCUCACCGAUAUCGACGUAAACAAGACCUUCCUCCGCUGCGAGCGCCAAACCCUGCACCGCCUCCCGAAAUCCAACGCCCUGGUCUUCGCCUUCAAGACGUACCUGUACCCGAUCGCGCAGAUCCGGGACGAAGGUUUAGGUCCGCAGCUGGCGGAGGCGAUCGACGGCCUCCAAGGGGGAAACGUGCCGCAGAUGCACUUUUACAAGCGAGGCGCCGUGUGGGGCGAGGCGGUCAAGCGGUAUCUGCGUGCGGGUGGGGUGGAGGAGACGAAGGCGGGAGAUGGCGAGGUGAGGAGGCGGAAGGCUUAG